UUUCCACUUCAUUUCUAGAGACUACAGCAAACCCAUCAGGACUUAAAAGCAGCUGGCUCCAUAAUGAGGCUAAGUUCAAAAGUCCUGCUGUGCUUACUUCUGCUGGUGAAACUCUGGUACACUGGAACAGCUGCUGAUGAAGACAUACAGCCACCUCCUAAAGGGUCUUGUGCAAAUUGGAUGGGAGGAAUCCCAGGCCACCCGGGCCACAAUGGUGUCCCCGGCAGAGAUGGAAAGGAUGGGAGAGAUGGGCCAAAGGGAGAGAAAGGAGAGCCAGGUGACCCAGGCCUCAAGGGUGAUAAUGGAAAUGAUGGUGCUGAAGGUGUACACGGACUUCCAGGAAUAUCAGGGAUGAAAGGGGAGAAGGGAGAUGCUGCCUUCAUUUACCGCUCUGCUUUUAGUGUUGGUCUUACAGGCCGAACCCCUUACUCCAAUGUUCCUAUUAAAUUCACAAAGAUUUUCUACAAUGAACAAAAUCAUUAUGAUGAAACCACAGGAAAGUUCCGCUGCAUCUUCCCUGGAAUGUAUUAUUUUGGGUACCACCUCACUGUAUACCUGGCAGAUGUGAAAGUCAGUCUGUAUAAGAAGGCUAAGGCAGUGCUCUUCACCUAUGAUCAGUUCCAGAUAAAUAAUGUUGACCAAGCAUCUGGUUCAGUUCUGCUUCACCUAGAAGCUGGGGAGGAAGUAUGGCUCCAAGUGUACGGUGAGAAAGAGAACAAUGGAGUCUAUGCUGAUAAUAUCAAUGAUUCCACUUUCAUGGGAUUUCUCCUCUACCCAGAUAUGGAUCCACAUUAAAACAUGUGACAACUUCAGGAAGAAGACAGAGGAUUAGCUGCAGUAUUAAUUUGGCAACACAUUAGAUUUUACUAACCACUAUUUUCAUACUGUAGCUACUGGAAGAUAGUAUUUCGUUCAGCUCUAGGUAAUAACCAAAGGUGAAAUCCUGACUCCAGUGAUGUCCAUAAGAUAUUUGCCAUAGACUUCAGUGGGACCAGGAUUUUGUACAUCUCCACUUCUGCCUUCUAUGCAAACUAUGGACGCAAAUAUUAACUGGAGAAAAAGUUAAACAAGCACAAUAUGUAUCACAAUAAGCAUUAAGGCUGGUUGAUUUUAAUUGCAAAUGGAAGAAAAUAAAAUGGUCAAA